AUGCCAGUGAAAGCGUCGUUAAAGAAUAAAGCAGCCACCGCAGCCAAGGUCGAGCAAGCAGAGUCCACAAUUACAGCAGCCCCAGCCGUCGCCAAGGAACCCUCUAAUGAAUCUGGCAAGAGCAAUCGUACGGCACCGAGGCACCAUGACUCUGAGCCAAACCCAUUUGAGAGAUCCUUUAGCGGUACGGGCGGUGUACAGUCUGGUGGUAACGAUGGCGGUAUGUUACCGAGUGUAGCAGCACUCACGAGUCCAGCGCCCGCAGGUCAAGCUGGUUCCAUGGGCCAGAUGAAUGGCGGAUGGUCUCCAUUUGGGUCACUACGAUCCGGUCCCCUUUCACCAGCCAUGCUGCUUGGUCCAUCUGGUCUUGCAGGGUAUGAUGGAUCUAUGCGGACAGGCCUCACACCCAAUGAAUCGAGCAUCCGAACAGGCUUGACACCACGCGGCGAAGCAGCUGCACCCAGUAAUGGUAAUUUCCCGAUGGCCAGUCCCAACACUGCUGCUCUUUUUGGCUUGAUGAAUGGUGGUUCAGGACUCACACCUGGUGGUUCCGCACCGAGCUUUUUGGGUGGUCCAGGUGGUGCCUUUAUGCAGAAUGCUGGACAAGGAACGCAGGACAGCAACAACCUCUAUGCGCCUCGUCCACAUGGCCCAUCCAACCUCAACAGCAGUGUCUCGAUGAGUAACUUGCAGCGUGGCGAGCACGGUCAUACAGGUCCUGAUGCAGAAACUGCUGCCAAUGGACUCUUCCUUCUCUCUCAGCAUUCACAACAACAACAUGGCAGUCAUGCUGAAGAUCUCGUGCGUCGCGCUACUGCCAAUCAAGCUAAACAAGCGGGUGCCAGUCAUGGUCGUGGCUAUAGUGGCGAUUAUCGCAGUCUCUCUCCUGAGGAACUCGCGCGUGCCGCUGCAUCAGAGUCACAAACAACGGAUACUGCUGCAGGUGGCAGUAGUACAGGUCGCGGCAAAAAGAACCCAAGACGCAAGGCUUCCUACACAGAGGAUGCUGGCAAGGAGCCAAAAACAAAACGAGCGCGUGGUUCUAAAGCCCAGCAAAAAGUCUCCGAUAGUGGCAAUGAAUCAGAUGAGAUGCAUGCACAAGAGGAGAUGGAGCAAAUGGGUGAAGAUGGCCCCGGUAUGUUGUCGAGUGGCAACAAGAAUGAAACAGACGAGGAGAAGCGGCGGAAUUUCCUCGAACGCAAUCGACAAGCGGCGCUCAAGUGUCGUCAGCGCAAGAAGCAGUGGUUGCAAAACUUGCAGGCCAAAGUGGAGUUUUUCGGUCAAGAGAAUGAUCAAUUGACGUCGCAGGUGACGAGUCUCAGGGAGGAAAUCGUCAACCUCAAGACCAUCUUGCUUGCCCACAAAGAUUGUCCAGCUGCGCGUACUGAGCAUAAUGCACCUCAAGGCUAUUGA